AUGGCUAGUCAGGCCAUGAAGCUAUUCAUGGCAAAGAACGAAUCGCGGCGCACUUGGGCCAAGCCAUUUCUUUACAUGGUGACCGACAUUGUCGCGCAAAGUGGACCCGCCUCGCUCAUUCUCGACAACAUCGUGCAUCACGCGUCGCCGGAGAUGAACGUCAUGCGGGCGAUGUUCGACCAAACGCGGGUUUACUUCCUGCGCCAAGCUGAAGAUCUGGCUCACUUUGCGCAGUCGAUCGAGCUCAAGAGCGGCAAGUUCGGUCGCGCGGUCGUCGCGAAACAUGACAAGAAAAACGAGCGGAAGCGGCAGUAUGUUGCUCGCGCUCACGGAGAAAGCGUCAGCGGCUUGCGCGAAAGAAACAAGAGCAAGAAGGAGAAGAAGAACUCACGCAGAAAAGCGGCCCGUGCGAGCGGCGCUAGCGAUAAGGGGCCAACUGCGUUCUGCACGGGCGAUUUCGUGCUCGCUGCAAAUGAUGCGAUUAGCAUUGAUUAA